UCCCUGGUUCGACCAAUCACAAGCCAGCAUACCUCGGUUCCCAUCAUUAUUACAGUCAUAUUCACCUCCAUCGUCAUCAUAUCAUGUCUAUCAUCAUACUCAUCAGCAGCACCAUCAUCAUCAUCGUCGUCCACAAUUCCCCCAUUUCGACAUUCCGUUUGCGCACCGCCUUUUUGCCGCCGAAUCACUUUGCUGGCCAAACAGCUGUUUCUCUCGCUGUUCCCCUUGGAAACUUGAUCCGUCCAUUCCGGUUUCGGCCUCGGUCUCGUCACCAAUCCUGAAUCCAACUCCUCUGCCCAGAAGUCUGUGACGAUGUGAUGCGGUCCCGCGUCAAUCCCAACGCACGCCGUCUGUCGCCCUAUGGCCUGACAAUUCGCGCGG